AUGUCCAAUAACGGUGCUCCGGACUCUUGGGAAGCUCAAGCCGAUGUUAUAGGUGAACAAGGUGCAAAAGAUUCUAAUGAUGUGUCUACAAAAUUUUCCACGUUGAAUGUUAAUGCCGUGGAAUUCGUGCCUUCUUUCUGUGUACCUUCUCAAGGUAACGACAGUACUGAUUCACCGACUUCACCACAAAAAUCUGAGAGUGAAUCCACUAAUUCCGCUGAGAGUCCUGUCUUGAACGGUUGUGGGGAUGGUGUUGAGAGUGGUGAUGGAAGAGCAGCGUCUGCGUCACCGAGAGUCGAGGAGCCCCCUCCUGUCCCUCCGGCCGCCUCUGCCGAGACACCUGUCCCCGUUCCAUCUGACGUCUCCCCCACUGCCGACAGCUGGGAGGCUGAAGCCGACGAUGCAUUACUCACACCCGAAGACAGCAAUGAAGUCGAGGAGGAAGAACUCGAGCAACAGGUGCCAUCCACUGAAGAUGGUGAAAUCUCAAAGAAAAUUCCGAAGAAAAAACCAGUCAGGGUCGAAGACACUCGCAGCAAAAAGGAACACGUAAAUGUUGUUUUCAUAGGGCAUGUAGAUGCUGGUAAAUCUACAAUUGGUGGUCAAAUAAUGUCCCUGACUGGCAUGGUAGAUAAAAGAACACUAGAUAAAUAUGAAAGAGAAGCAAGGGAAAAGUCCAGGGAAUCCUGGUACCUCUCUUGGGCUCUAGAUACAAACCAAGAAGAACGUGACAAAGGUAAAACUGUGGAAGUUGGCAGAGCAUACUUUGAGACUGAAAAGAAGCAUUUUACAAUUCUCGACGCCCCCGGGCAUAAGAGUUUCGUUCCAAACAUGAUAGGGGGCGCCGCGCAGGCCGACCUCGCCGUACUUGUGAUAUCUGCUAGGAAAGGUGAAUUUGAAACAGGAUUUGACAGAGGGGGACAAACGAGAGAACAUGCUAUGUUAGCAAAGACUGCCGGUGUUAAGCAUUUAGUUGCACUUGUUAAUAAAAUGGAUGAUCCCACUGUGAACUGGGAUGAAAAAAGAUACAAUGAAUGUAGAGAUAAAAUUCUUCCCUAUCUAAAAAAACUAGGAUUCAAUCCAGCCAAGGACUUAUCCUUCUUACCAGUUUCUGGACAAACUGGUCAAGGUUUACUAGAGAGAGUAUCUGAAGAAAUAUGUUCGUGGUACCGCGGUCCAUCUUUUAUACAAUUAAUUGAUGAGUUGCCAUCACUGAACCGUAAGAUGGAUGGUCCUUUCAUAAUGCCGGUAGUCGACAAGUACAAGGACAUGGGAACCGUUCUCAUGGGUAAAGUUGAAGCGGGAACUACAAGAAAGGGCAGCACUCUUUUCCUUAUGCCUAAUAGGGCGCAAGUAACAGUUGAUCAGUUAUGGUCUGAUGACAUUGAAGUGACUUCUAUUGGUCCCGGUGAAAAUGUGAAAGUGAAGCUCAAAGGCAUUGAAGAAGAAGAUGUCUCUCCCGGUUUUGUUCUUUGUGAUACCGCAGAACCGAUUACCACUGGAAGAGUAUUUGAUGCUCAAGUGGUGAUAUUGGAACAUAAAUCAAUCAUUUGCGCUGGAUAUUCCGCUGUUAUGCACAUACAUUGUGCGGCUGAAGAAGUUACUGUUAAGGCUCUAAUCUGUUUAGUUGACAAGAAGACUGGUGAGAAGUCAAAGACGCGGCCGCGAUUCGUGAAACAAGAUCAAGUGGCUAUCAUGAGGAUAGAGUGUGCGGGGAUCAUAUGUCUAGAGCCGUUUAAGAAGUUUGCACAGAUGGGAAGGUUCACAUUAAGAGAUGAAAAUAAAACAAUUGCAAUCGGCAAAGUCCUAAAAGUGGUUGAAUAA